ACGGACGUUAGGUCACCCAUGGCGAUGGCGUCAAUGCGGGGCUUGCAGAUGUUUAUCACGGAUGUGAGGAACUGCCAGAGCAAGGAUCAGGAGAUGGCGCGCGUCGAGAAGGAGCUCAAUAAGAUCCGGAUGAAAUUCUCAUACGAGAAGAGUUUAUCGUCGUAUGAGAAGAAGAAAUACGUGUGGAAGCUGCUCUACAUCCACAUUCUUGGCUAUCAGCUUGAUUUUGGGCAUCGAGAGGUUCUUUCGCUUGUUGGAUCGCAUAAAUAUGCUGAGAAGCAAGUUGGCUACAUGGUUGCUGGAUGUUUGCUCCACGAAAACCAUGAGUUUCUCAACUUGAUCACCAAAGCUAUUCGUCUCGACAUUAUUGGUCGCAGCGAAACGUAUCAGUGCCUUGCACUAACAAUGAUUGGAAACAUCGGCGGCAGAGAUUUUGCCGAAGCCUUGGCUCCGGAUGUACAAAAGCUUGUCGCGCUAUUUCUUUUCCAGGUUUCUGGUUCUUGUCGACCACUUGUGCGGAAGAAGGCGAUUCUCUGUCUCCUUCACAUUUACCGAAAGCAUCCGGAGGUUAUCCAACUGGAUAUAUGGUGAAGACGAUGCAAGCAUUGCAACUGCUUCCAUUGCUUGAAGACCCCUCUAGUGUGCGGCUGCUUCUCGAGCUUCUCGAACGUGUUGUGAUUGGGACCGACAUCACUCAAAGUAUAAACAAAACAAAUGUUAUGCACGCGGCUUUGUUUGAAGCCAUGGAACUGCACCCUUGUCACAGAUCAUGCUGAUUGAUACACAGCAGAGUUUGAUCCCAAGGUGUAUGGUAUCGCUUUCGAAGUUUGUUAGUCUUCGUGAACCGAACCUUCGAUGUCUA